AUGAUCAAGUUUGGUUCUGGGAGUUACAGUGUUCGAGAAUCAGAAAGACUGAAUCCACUGAACCUGACCUUACCAGUGCGGACCAUCGCUUGCACAGUUAUAUUUCUCGACAACUCAAUGCGAGAUUUCGAGAUUGAACGCCAUGCUAAAGGUCAGACAUUACUAAAUAUGGUCUUCGAUCAUCUCGAGUUGAUCGAGAAGGAUUAUUUCGGAUUGCAGUACAUUUCCGCUCUUGAGGCUAAGCAGGCUGGAGUUAAGAAGUGGCUCGAUCCAACGAAAUCCAUUAGGAAACAAUUACUUUAUCCACCAUAUCAACUACAUUUUCGGCUUAAGUUUUAUGUUAGUGAUCCAUCUAAGUUGAUGGAAGAGUACACUAGGUAUCACGUAUUUCUUCAGCUCAAGAAAGAUUUGCUGGAAGGUCGAUUAGUAUGCCCAGAAAGCACUGCCGUAAUGCUUGCAAGUUAUGCUGCACAAUCUGAGUUCGGAGAUUACAGUGAAGAAGAGCAUGGUAUUACAUACCUCAAUGAAUGCCAGUUUGUCCCAGAACAGUCUAGUGCUUUGAUUAAAAAUGUCAUUGACUUGCAUAAACUUCACAAAGGUCAGAGUCCAGCUGAAGCGGAAUUCAACUUUCUGAAGCAUGCUAAAGAUCUUGAUCUCUAUGGUGUGGACAUUUAUACUGCAAAGGAGAGCAACGGUUCAGGGAUCGGUGUUGGAGUGAGCAGUGCCGGAGUAGUGGUUAUGCGGAGCAAUCGUCGAGAAUCAGUAUAUCCCUGGUCGGCUAUCAUGAAGCUAUCGUUCAAGAAAAGACUGUUUAACAUCCAUAUGCGCACACUUAACUCGGAUAACAUUGAAGAAGACACAGUGAUUAUUUUUAAUAUUGAAAAUUCGGAAAGUUGCAAGGCAUUAUGGAAGAGUUGCAUUGAGCAUCACACCUUUUUCCGUCUCAUCACAGCACCUGCACCGCCACCUAAGUCUAUUUUCAACAUUGGAAGUCGAUUUCGAUACAGGAUGGAAAAGGAAAAAGUUGACGUACUGAAAGAACAGGUGGAAGUGCCGUGGCUUCGCGGUCGAACAGAAUAUCAAAGUAUCGAAGAAAUGCGAAGACGAGCCCGCGUGGAACGGACUUUUCUAAGGUAA